AUGGUUGUCUAUUCAUCUUCCUUCUGCAUAGGGUCAGCAUCUCAAGGAAGAAUAAAGGACAAGUGGCUCUAUCAAAAAUUUAAACUCUUACUGACAGACUUUGGGAGUAUGAGGGUAUUUGUUAUACUCUUUCUGUUGUAUAUACUUAGAGAAUCCACCUGCAAAGAUUCCCAAACUUCACAACGAACAGUGCCUGAUCCACAAAAGGCUCCUAAUAUACAAGAAAAUACUUCAGCUAAACAACCUCUUGUCGCACCUAAACAAGUAGAUAAAGAUACGAUUGAUCUUGAGGAUGUUACCGAUCCUCGCUACAGUGUACUAGACGUCGACAUUGCUGGAGCGCCUGCAAGGGUUUACAUAGUGAAUCCUGGAGAAAGUAUUAAAAAAGUUAUUUAUGGAAAGAAAGACUUAUGGAAAGGUAUGCCAGCGUUUUCAGGAGCUCAAGGUGUGCAGGCAUACGAUGAAAAAUGUUUCUACUGCAUCACAUUCCUAAAGAAUGGUAAGCCAAACCUUGUCAUGGUUAAGGUGGACGAUAUUUCUAGACCACAUAGACAAUAUUUCAAGUACAAGAGUAAAACUGGAUGUUUUGGUAGAGGUGGACCAGGUUGGAAAAAGUCAACAUUCAAUUAUGUAGAUGAAACUAGUGCCCUGAAAGUAGGUUCUGAUACACCAAACAAGCUCACUCUGGACAUUUCCUCUCCAAAAGAAGAUGAUGAAAAGUAUAAGCUUGUAAAGGAAGAUCGGGAUGGUGUCACUACCCACUUCUUUGCCACUAAACAAGGCUAUUCCAUAGAAAAAGUUGUGGAUGGCGGUAAAGAAAUAUGCGUAUUAGAUGAAGGAUCCACAUCUUUCCUUUGUACAGUGUACUCCAAGGGUUCCAGUAAACUUUUAAGAGUAGAUGCAGAGAAGGGCUAUGCCAUUAUAUUUGGCUGGUAUGAAAAGUAUAGUGGCACAUGGACUGACAUAAAAGAGAGGGAGUUCCACGACAAACUUGGAAAAUAA